AUGCCGAGGAAGUGGCAGAAAGUUAAUCGAGUCAGAGGAAUUGCUCUUACCAAAGAGCACUUUCAGUUUAUCUUCUUGCAUGCACAUGAUCUUCAGGAUGUCCUCGAUAAAGGCAUGCAAACCUUCAACGAUUGGGGUUUGGCAAUAGAAAGAUGGGUUGAGAAGCCUCCUUUGGGAUAUCUUCAGUAUGUUUUGAUUUGGGUCAGAAUAAGUAAUAUACCGGUUAAUCACUACACCAAACCGGCUAUUACUGAUCUUGGAGGCUUAAUCGGUCAUGUGGAGCUUGUUGCUUUUGAUCCAGAGAAAUUUCAAAGACAAGAUUAUGUUCGAAAGAGAUGCACUUACUGUCAGAGGCUCACGCAUGCAAAGGAAAGAUGUCCUCUGUUGAUCAAUCUCCACAACAGACAGUCCGCUCAGAUCACCAUUAACCGUCUUUCUCAACCUUCUACUAGCAAUCCAAUUAUGUCUGAAGGAAAUCCUCUGUUCGGGCUUUUAAAAGAAGAUCAAGUCGCCAUCAACCCUAUCUCUGGCCGUCCUCGCAUAGCACCUGAGUCAGGGAAGCAGAAAAAGAUCCUAUCUCACAAAAGGGGGAUGCUUCAGCUCUCUCCUCCAACGAUGUUCACUUCUGAUUUGAACAAAGGGAAAGGAGUAGUAUUCGAUUUCGACAAAACGACAAGCUCUUCUCAACUUUCGAGUCUCAACCCUCAAGGUCCAAAGCUUAUGGCAUCUGCGAUCUCAGCUGGUCAUACAUUAGUUAACUCUAUGACUAACGUAUUCUGCAGACUAUCCAUGCCGCCAGGACAAGCUUCCUCUAGCCAGUUAUCAGAGUUAUCACCAGUUAUUUUCUCGAGCCCUCCUACGAUAAAAGAAAAACCCAAAAGGAAGCCGGGAAGAUACAAGAGAAUCCCAAAGGAUAACAAAAAGGCUCCAAAGUCUGUAGUGAAACAACCUCAGGCUCUUAUUGAAGGAAGCUCAAAUAAGAAGCGCAAAGCAGAAGAUGACCUAGCUGAAGACUCCUCUCUCUCAAAGAAGAAAAUACACUUGGCAGAUGCAUCCAAAGGCGCUCCAAACAAUGCAUCACUGACGGUCCCAUAUGAGGGACUGUCCAAAGUUUAA